GCGGCGGUGCCAUGACGCAAGCUGGCCGUGGUUACUUGUCCGUCAAUUUCACUACUUGGCCCAGUCGAGCCUGCCGCCAACACCACCUCCUUCACCCACCCCGCCUUCACCCAUCGCGCCUUGCCCUCCGGCCUCCCCCCGGCUGCCCCUAUACCGUCCUCGGCUACCAGGCGCAACCGCCCUCUCCUCCUUCACCAUGGCGCGCCCGAGAAAGGACGUCAAGUUCAACCACCAGGUCCGCAGCGCCAGCAACGGCAGAGCGCGGAGACCCUCGCAGAGCAUGUCCGAGUACAGUGACCCAGGUAGCCCUACCAUCAAAGAAGAAGCGGUCCCUCCCGCCACCGAACAGCCCCCCCAGACCGAGUACGAGAAGAAGAAGGCCAACUUCAUAACGCGCACCACAUGGACUCUCGUCAUGAUUGCCGGCUUCUUCUGGGCCCUCGGCGCGGGCCAUCUCUUCAUAAUCAUCAUCGUCACGGCGGUCCAGGUCAUAUCCUUUAAGGAGGUCAUCGCAAUCGCAAAUGUGCCCAGCAAGGCCCGCAGCCUGCGCUUCACCAAGUCGCUGAACUGGUACUUCCUCGGUACCGCCAUGUACUUCCUCUACGGCGAGAGCGUCAUAUACUACUUCAAGCACGUUCUGAUGGUCGACCGUCUACUGCUUCCCCUGGCUACCCACCACAGGUUCAUCUCCUUCAUGUUGUACAUUAUCGGCUUCGUCUUUUUCGUCUUCUCGCUCCAGAAGGGCCACUACAAGUUCCAGUUCACCCAGUUUGCUUGGACGCACAUGGCCCUUUUCCUCAUUGUCGGACAGGCGCACUUUGUCAUUAACAACAUCUUCGAAGGAUUCAUCUGGUUCAUCCUCCCUGUGUCCAUGGUCAUUACCAACGACAUCUUUGCCUACCUCUGCGGUAUCACUUUUGGACGUACACCCCUCAUUCAGAUUUCACCCAAGAAGACAUGGGAGGGCUUUCUCGGCGCCUGGUUCUUCACUGUUCUCUGGGGCAUCCUCGUUGUUCACUUCCUCGGCGAUUACAAGUACUUCAUCUGCCCUGUUAACGAUCUGGGAGCAAACAUCUGGUCUGGCCUCGAAUGCCGACCGAACCCGGUUUUCAUCGCGCGCAACUACACCGUCCCCUUCCUCCCCGAAGGUCUCCCCAUUCCGCGAACCUUCAACAUCAUGCCAGUGCAAUUCCACGUCAUCAUGCUCGGAACCUUUGCUUCUCUCAUCGCGCCUUUCGGUGGCUUCUUCGCUUCUGGCCUGAAGCGCACCUUCAAGAUCAAGGACUUUGGCGACUCUAUCCCCGGCCACGGCGGAAUGACUGACCGUAUGGACUGCCAAUUCAUCAUGGGCUCCAUUGCUUUCUUCUACUACUCGAGCUUCAUCGCCGUGCACCACACCACAGUUGGUGGAGUGAUUGAAGCAGCCAUCACUGGACUCACCUACGAGGAGCAAAUGGAGGUUGUCAAGAUCAUGAGCAAGCACUUGGUAAACCAGGAAGUAAUAUCGCCAAAGGUACUUGAACUUCUUUCAGAGCAAGUGGUGAGGAGGUGAGCACCUGUUUGCGCGGAUUACGACGGACUUUAGGUAUUUAGGGAUGGGAAGAAACGCUACGCCUGACGCUGUUUCGAUAUAAUACGGUACGGAAGGGGCAUGGACUUUGCAUGAGACGUGUUGGUAUUUGGGCGCAUAUACCCUUUUCGCGGCUUGGUACGGGAUAGGAAAAGCAUCUGGAAAGUGCACAUGUGCAUAUAAUUACAAACUAAGCUCUACCCAUAU